AUGCACGAGAGUGGGGAGUUGAAAGAGGUGUUUGCAGAGAAAGGGGUGCUGGGAGGGGCGGGGAAGGGAGAUGCACCAGGAGCAGUGACGGCAGCAGCAGCAGCAGCAGCGGCGGAUGGGCAGGUUGAUGGGGCGAAGGGGUUGCAAGAGCGGCUGAAGGCACUCCUCUCGUCUUCGCCUACCAUGCUGUUCAUGAAGAUGAUUGAAGGCACUCGUCUCGUCGUCGCCUUCCUCUCAUCCCUUCCUCUCAUCCCUUCCUCUCAUCCCUUCCUCUCAUCCCUUCCUCUCAUCCCGUCCUCUCUGCUGCGUUACCUCUCAGGGAACACCGGAGGAGCCGCGGGCACACCCGAGGAGCCGCGGUGUGGGUUCAGCCGCAAGGUGGUGGAUGCACUCACGUCAGAAGGUAUUUCCUUUGGCAGUUUUGACAUUCUCACGGAUGAAGCAGUGAGGCAGGGGCUGAAGGAGCUCUCCAAUUGGCCCACGUACCCCCAGGUGUACCACAAGGGCGAGCUGAUUGGUGGAUGCGAUAUUGUGCUUGAAAUGAAGGCUAAUGGGGAGCUUAAAGCCGAGCUUGGAGGGUGA